GCGUGCUGCCGGCAGUGCCGCGAGCCCUUCGAGGAAGGCCGACAACGAGGAAUUCCAAGCCUUGGAGGUGCAGAUGUUGCCGGCUGAUGGCGCCUCUCUCACGGAGCCUGCGAAUGCGCGCGACCACGCGAAGGAGAUGGGCCCCGGCGAAGCCAUGGCAGAGGAGCAGGUCCGCGGCGAUCCGGCGAUGCACGCAGACGAGAGCAACGAGCUACGCAACAUGACCUGGUGGGAAGGAGCGGACAUUCUCCGCGUGCUGGAGGUGCCAGUCCGGACCUACGAGGCCGCGCCGAGAGACAUGGGGGCGGCGCUCGAGGAGACCGAGCUUAUUGUCCUACGCCACGUAGCCACGCACCCUUCAGACGAGCCUGGUUGGAAGCUCUUGCUCAUGAUGCACCGCUUCCUCUACGCCAGACCGUUCCCGAGCGAUGACAAGGAUGCAAGCGCUUCGGCACAAACCCGAGCAACAUUAACAGCACGCCUCCGCCACCUCUGGCGAGGCGAGUGGCAGGGGCUCGCAGAAGAGGCAAACAUCCUCUGCGAGAGGUGGCCCGGCAGGGCGAAGGACCAGACUGGCAGCCCAUCCGAGAAGAAGCAGUUGGGGGAGAGAGUGGAGGCGAUGGUGCUGGUGGGUGAGCUUCCGCGAGCACUGAAGACAGUAACCACUGCGCUACCGCUGAUCAGCGACAAAAAGCACGUCCCGGAGGUAGCCGCCCUCUUCCCAGAGGAGAAAGUUGGACAUGUCCCACCUCCCUUUGAGGUCGCGCACGACAGCCUGCUCUGGGCCAAGCUUCAGGACCAGAUCCAACGCGACACGAAACACAUGGCGAAUAAGGCCGGGCCAGCGAUGGACGGGUCCCGCUUCGAGCAUUGGAUGGGCAGCUGCAAGGAGAUCCAGCGCCUCACAUCGCAGAUCGGUGUGGCGUGGGCGCGCGGGCUGGCACCUGCAGCAGCCUAUUCGGCAUGCCGCGUGGGCAGACUGCUCGCGCCGGCCAAGCCUAAAGGCGGGCUGCGGCCGUUGGUGAUCACGGCCGUGCUGAGGCGCAUCGUCUUGAAGAGCCUAGCCCGAGUCAUUGCGCCCGAGAUCCGCUCGCUGCUAGCGCCCGUGCAGCACGCGAUCGGCGGGGCAGGUGGCACAGAGAAGCUGUGCCACGCGGUGUCGGCACUGCUGGCGGGCUGCCCGGGGAAGGUGAUCGUGGCCCUCGACCUCGAGAACGCCUUCGGUUCGAUGAGCAUGGCGGCGAUGCGCGAGGCGAUGAAGGAGUUCGCGCCGGAGUUGGGCGCACUCGUCACGCGGCUCUACGCGGGGGUCACGCCGCUGAUCUGGGAGCAGGCGGGCGGAGGAACGACCACAUUCCAGGCCAAGACUGGCAUCGACGCGGGCUGCCAAUUAUCGUGCAUCCUCUGCAGUUUGGGAUUGCACAAAAACCUUGCGAAAGCCCGAAUCACGGCGCCAGCCCAGACGCAGAAAGCACUCAUAGACGACGUCUACUCGGUCUGCAACGUGGCAGACGCAGGCGUGGUUAUCAAGGCCGGGUGCGCCGGCGACUCCGUGCCCGCGCUGGGCACCCAGGAGAGCGAGUUCGACGUGAUCAUCGGCAAAGUGGCGCGCGAUGUGGACCGCCUCCUCGACCUGCAGCGCCGCGGGCUGAGCCUCCAGACGGCGCAGGUGCUGUCGCGCACGCUUGCUGCAACCAAGCCCCAGUACGUCAUGCGCAGCGCGCUCGUCUCAGAGGAGGGGCGAGCGCGUUUCGAGGCUGUCGCGGCGAAGGAGGCGUUCUUGACCGAGCUCCGGCGGCGUUCCUCACAGGCGCGCUGCACGGCAGCCCUCCGGGAGGCCCACAAAGAGCUGGGCACGGCGACGGUCGAGCACUUGCGCCAGCAGCGCCCGAGACUCAUCACGGACAUGGAGCAGGCGACCGCGGAGCUGGUAGCAGGUGCAGGCCCCCGGGCGCCCGCGAUGCGGCAGGCGGAUCGCCAGCUCAACCUCCGAGGCCGCCGACGGGAGCGGACAAAAGCAAUGCAGGCGCAGCGUCGGCAGCGGCUCUGCCAGACGCUCAGGCGCCGGCAGAAGAUCGCCCUCAAUGGGGCGGCGGAGGACGGCGGUGUGAUUUUGACGGCGCCGACGCGCGAGGAGCACCGCAUGGCGGACGCGCAGUUCGCCGUAGCGACGCUCCGAUCGAACAGGAAAUCCACCGGCGAGAUCUGCGGCGCCGCCUUGGAUCCGGAGGGCCACCGCGGCGCCGUCUGCGAGCGCGGCGGCGGCUUAGUGCGCCGGCACGACAGCGUCCGAGACACUCUCCAGAAGAGGCUGCACGAGCACUUGGGCGCCAGCACCCACAUCGAGCAGCGCGUUGCCGGGAUGGGGAGCAACGGGGCGCUGGCGAGACUCGACGCGGCGCUUUCCGCCUCGGUGGGCAUCGAGCUGCAGCGCGCGGCGAAGCCCGGAGCUGCGGCGGCGGUGAUGGAGCGCGAGAAGCGUUCCAAGUGCGGGCCAGACACCCGCGUUGGGCCGUUCGUCCUGGACAGCCGCGGCCGGCUCGGCCUCGCGGCGAAGAGGCGGUUGUGCCACGCGUGCGCGGGCAAUGCGCCAGAGCAGCACUCCCUCCUCCAAGAGCUGGACGCGCUGGCACA